AUGUCCCUCAGACUGAGUGGUAGCCGGUUCAAACAGCUUGGUGGUAGUACUCCUCCUGAGACAAAUCCGACUGAUGGAAAGAUUGGUCCUGAUGGAAGCACUGCUCCUGUUGAAACGACCACGUCUGGUCCAUCUAGUGGAACUGAAGCUUCCGGCAGUAACAUGGUUCUCAUCAUUGGCAUCGUCAUUGCCGUUGUAGUCCUGUGAGUUUUAUAUUUUUGAUUUGGGUUAUUUAACAA